AUGCCAUGCCGACUUACAUACCGAUCUGGUUCCUCUGGAAGUUAGGUAGGUAUGAGGGGACCGGGACCGAUGGAUAGAUCGGUACGGUACUUUCCUCGAUCUCGACAGGCAGACCCUUAAGUACGUAGUCGUGCAUACUGUCUCCGUCUACUAACCAACCCAUUCCCGCCAUACAGACGGAGAACACCUCGACAGGAGUUCCUGAUGGAAUGACUGGAUGGCGGCAGGCAAGAGAGAGAGAGAGAGAGAGACACCAGGACUUGCCUCUUUCUUGCCUAGGGUGCUCAGUGAAGUGUUCCUCCGGAAGCGCCACCAGAGAAGAUAAUCAAACCUUUUUUUACUUUUUUUCCCUCUCUCUAUCUUCCCUUCCUUACUGUCUUCUCCCUGCGCCCGAGUUGGGUAAUCGCUACAGAUCCCUUGGCUCCAUCCCAUCUGUCAGGACAACCUUAAGAGCGAGCGAUGGAUGUAGUACGAUGUACGGAGUAGGAAGAAAGGGAACAGGCACUGACAAGAGCAAAUUACAAACCGGUGGGUAAGCGAAUCAUGUUUUUUCCUUUGCUCUUUCUUUUUUUUGAUUUUGUUUUAUUUAUUUUUUAUUUUCUACCCCAUCCACUUCACGGCCACCCAGGGAAUCAAAGCCCCCCCCCCU